AUGGCAGGCACCGUCGAAGUUGAAACCGUGGAGAAGGAUGGGAAGCAGUUUCGCGUGGUAAAGGAAGGCAAGGCGACCAUCUUGGUGCCUCAGGGUGCCAAGAUUGGAGAGGACCGAGGAGAGGUGCAGCAAGUGUUUUACAAUCCCAUCCAGCAGUACAACCGAGAUCUGUCUGUUCUUGCCAUCAAAACGUACGGGGAGGACAUCCUGGCGAAAAGAAAAGAGAAGAUUCUGGCAAAGUCGAAUAAGCAAAGCAAAAAGCGAAAGCGAGACGAGAAAGACGAUGGCAACCCUUCAGUCGAGACAGAACCGACGGCGAGCUUGGCUUCAGACCAGACUACUGGGGCUUUAGACGAGCAGAAGGCUCACAAACAGACAUUCAGAAUACUAGACGCCUUGUCAGCAUCUGGGCUGCGAGCGCUGCGAUAUGGCCACGAGCUUCCUUUUGUCACCUCCAUAAACGCAAACGACCUCUCCAAAUCCGCGGCCGAGUCUAUCAAGCUCAAUGUGAAUCACAACGGCCUCGAUGAAAUAAUCUCAGUAACGAAUGAGGAUGCUCUUGCACACAUGUACCGCGCAAUCGCGGAUGACCUCUCCAAGAGAGAUCGCCACGGCAAUCCAACCAAGUCUCACAAAUUCGACGUAAUCGACCUAGAUCCGUACGGUACCGCAGCACCCUUUUUCGAUGCCGCAUUACAAUCCGUUAGAGAUGACGGAGGCCUGCUUUGCAUCACCUGCACAGAUAGUGCUGUGUGGGCGGGCCAUAGCUACUGCGAAAAGACAUUUGCCCUGUACGGUGGUACUCCUAUCAAAGGGAUGCAUUCUCACGAGGCGGGAUUACGGCUGAUUCUGAAUGCCGUUGCGACUUCUGGCGCCCGAUAUGGCCUGGCCAUCGAACCUUUGCUCUCUCUUUCCAUUGAUUUUUACACAAAGGUUUUCAUCAAGGUUACCAGAUCACCGCAGGCUGUGAAGUUCUUGGGAUCCAAAACUAUGGUGGUAUACAGCUGCGACCACGGAUGUUCCGCCUUUGAGACUCAAUACCUGCUGAGAAGCAAGCCAACCCCCAAUAAGAAGGGCAGCGGGUCGUUUUAUAAACACGGCAUGGCGGCAGGACCGACUGCGGAUAGACAUUGCCAGCAUUGUGGCCAUGUGAUGCAUGUCAACGGCCCAAUGUACGGAGGUCACAUCCACUCGGCAGACUUCAUCCAAAAGCUGCUUGAUCAAAUUCCCAACGCCUCGCCAGAAGUAUAUGGCACUCUCCCGAGAUUAGAAGGCAUGCUACGAACGGCCUUGGAAGAGAUCAUUCCGGGACCUGAAGUCGAUCCCACGGUGGACCCCAAGGAUGCUCAGCAUGCGGAGAUUGACCAUUGCCCCUUCUUUGUCAUUCCCUCCAAGCUGGCGACUGUAGUCUCAUGCGCUGCCCCGAGCGAUGACAUGUUCCGCGGCGCUUUGAUACAUCUCGGCUAUCAAGUUGGGCGAAGCCACUGUCGACCAGGCAGCGUCAAGACGGAUGCCCCUUGGUCUACCAUUUGGUGGAUUAUCACGGAAUGGAUCCGUCAAAAAUCUCCCAUUAAAGCGUCAAAAUUUACACCGUUGAUGCCCGGCUGGAAGAUUCUACAUUCUGCUGGGCUAGUCGAUGUCCAGGCUGAGGAAAAGCCUCAAGAGGGAGAGGCGGCGGAGAAAUCCGAUGAGCAAGUUUCAAGUCCGAGCGAAUUGGAGCUGAGGAAAACCCUGGUAUUCAACGAAGAUCUUGCACGACUUGGUCGCCUGCGGGAUGCCCAGAAACUCGUGCGAUACCAGAUGAACCCUCGGCCAGACUGGGGACCAUUGUCCAAAGCCAAAGCUCAGUGA